AGUGAGAGGGAUGGGGGGCAUGUGAGGGGUGGAGAAGGAGCUGGGCUUCGUGCCACUGGAACUUGGUGGGGUUGUCAGAGGUGUGUGGCUGGGUGGCUCUUACCCCCUUCCAAAGCACUAAAAUGCCCAUGCAUGGCACAUAUGGAAUGACCUGUGGUCCCAGGAUGCAGCUCAGCUGUCCCAUUUUAUACCAGUGAACUUAAAACCAAACUUCCUCACAGCUGUCUGUAGCCAGUUCACUUUCCUUUAUCAGGACAUGGAAGAGGGUGGAGGGGAUUCUGACAUCUUAACCCCAUAGAUGCCAGCGUGUCUCCGUUGGCACCUCAGCCAUGCACAUGCCCUAAAUGUUUGACCUGGCAGGGUUGGGUUGACACAACCAUGAAACACCUUGCUUACUUGCUCAGCUGGUUAUUUUAUCAUACUGGGGAAUAUGUUGCUGUGAGGAUGGUAAUCUUACAGUAGGUCUACCCCACACAGUUACAGCAGUCUGAUACUGUCCUACAGAUCCUGGGAUAUGCAGUUUGAUGGAGCUACAUAGAUGCCUCUGCCAGAGAACUCUUGUUCCAGUGCCUUCAUACCAUCAGUAGAUCUCUCUGGCAGAGAUUUCUCAGAUAAUUCUUUCACCAAACUACAAAUCCCAGGAUUCCAUAGGAUGGAUCCAUGGCGGUUAAGGAGGUAUUAGACUGCUAUGAUUUUACAGUAUGGAUACAACCCUGCUUGUUAGAAGAGGAAUUUUAGGUUCAGGUGUUUGGUCCAUGUUGUGUUAAUCCUCACAGACUCCUUUUUUCCAAAUGCAAGACCUUUCACAGAGGGAGGCUGGACUGCUCUUAGUAAUUUUAAUUAUUAAAUGAGCUACCAUAUUAAAACUUAAAGUAUUUUAGAACAAUAUUAAAUAUUUUUGACAAGAAAAAUACAAAUGCAUCAUGUGCAGCCAAUUAAUGAACUUUCCACAUAGCCACUUAGUCAUCAAAUAAAAAGUAGUUCUUUGCCUGCUGAUGGAAGGAGAACAAGGAAAGGCCCAGCCUGGUCUCCUGUGGCAGAGAGUUCCACAGCCUGAGACAUUCUUGGCAUACCAAACCUUCCAUUUUGGUGCAGGGUGGGAGAUUCCCACAGCCAGGUGUGCGUGUGUGUGUGUGUGUGUGUGUCUUCUCUGUCUUGUUUCAGCAUUUGCUUGCAAGCCAGUGGUUGCUGGGGUCUUACCAAGGGCAUGGCAGUGACAAGCCAGGUCCAGUAGCAGCAGCCUGGCACUCGGACAGUGAAGCCUGGGCUUGUAUUGAUAAAACUGGUAUCUCUUUCUUUCUCUCCUUUUUCUUCUUCUUUUCUGGGGCAACCUCCCUUCAGCUUCUCUUCUUGGUAAGCAUCAAGCCGCCUCUUUUUUUCUCAGCUUCCUAACAAAGAAUGCUCUGCUUUUCUUCUCAUGUCUUAUGGGGGUAUGAAGGAUCUGAGGUACCAGCUGUGGACCCCUGCUUGGGACUAGUUUAUGCUUCUCUCUCCAGAGCCCAGCAGGGGUGGGAGUUGGGGCAUUUGCUCCCCGGCUGUCCUCUGCUCCUGACCUGCCCUUUUGCCCGCGGUCACUCUCUGCUGAUGGUUGUGUGGUGGUUUGUUGCAGGCCCUCCCCACAUCACCCCAGACUCCUUCCUGGGACGCCCGCCUUACAAUAGCUACAGUUAUGGCUCCUUUGACAAUGGCUCCACAGCCAGUACGGAAAACGUGACGGACAGCCUGCUCUCCACAGAAGCCUCAUACAGUUACACAGGAUCCGUGCCAGCACCGCCAGAGACACUGGGCCAUUCCUAUGGAUCGCUCCCUGGAGAACAUGGCAGGGCGGCCACGGCUAGACUCACUCAGCUCUGUGGAGGAGGACGACUACGACACUUUGGCCGACAUCGACUCAGAUAAGAACGUCAUUCGCACCAAGCAAUACCUGUAUGUGGCGGAUCUGGCCCGCAAAGACAAACGGGUGCUGCGGAAGAAAUAUCAGAUCUACUUCUGGAACAUUGCCACCAUUGCCGUUUUCUAUGCCUUGCCCGUCGUCCAGCUGGUCAUCACCUACCAGACGGUGGUGAAUGUUACGGGGAACCAAGACAUUUGCUACUACAACUUCCUAUGUGCUCACCCACUGGGUAACCUCAGCGCCUUCAACAACAUCCUCAGCAACCUGGGCUACAUCCUGCUGGGUCUCCUCUUCCUGCUCAUCAUCCUCCAGCGCGAGAUCAACUAUAACCGGGCACUGAUGCGCAACGACCUGCAGGCGGUGGAAUGUGGCAUCCCAAAGCACUUUGGCCUCUUCUACGCCAUGGGCACGGCCCUCAUGAUGGAGGGACUCCUCAGCGCCUGCUACCACGUCUGCCCCAAUUACACCAACUUUCAGUUUGAUACCUCCUUCAUGUACAUGAUUGCUGGGCUCUGCAUGCUAAAGCUCUACCAAAAGCGGCACCCGGACAUCAAUGCCAGUGCCUACAGUGCCUACGCCUGUCUGGCCAUUGUCAUCUUCUUCUCUGUCCUUGGGGUGGUCUUUGGCAAGGGCAACAUGGCCUUCUGGAUCGUCUUUUCAGUCAUCCACAUCCUCGCCACGCUGCUGCUGAGCACCCAGCUCUACUACAUGGGCCGCUGGAAACUGGACUCUGGGAUCCUCCGUAGGAUUUUGCAUGUCCUUUACACAGACUGCAUCCGCCAGUGCAGUGGGCCUAUGUAUGUGGAUCGGAUGGUGCUCUUGGUGAUGGGCAACAUCAUCAACUGGUCCCUGGCUGCUUACGGUCUCAUCAUGCGGCCUAAUGACUUUGCCUCGUAUUUGCUGGCCAUCGGCAUCUGCAAUCUGCUCCUCUACUUUGCCUUCUACAUUAUCAUGAAGCUCCGGAGUGGUGAACGGCUGAAGCUGAUCUCACUGCUCUGCAUUGUCUGCACUUCAGUCGUGUGGGGCUUUGCCCUCUAUUUCUUCUUCCAGGGCCUCAGCACCUGGCAGAAAACGCCGGCUGAGUCCCGUGAGCACAACCGGGAGUGUAUCCUUCUUGACUUCUUUGAUGAUCACGAUGUCUGGCACUUCCUCUCGUCCAUCGCUAUGUUUGGCUCCUUCCUGGUUUUGCUGACUCUGGAUGAUGACCUGGAUUGUGUUCAGCGUGACAAGAUCUACGUCUUCUAGAUGGCCAGAUUCCCGUUGGGUGCUUGGUGCCUCGAAGGCCUCAGGGUGCCUGGGGGCUGAGGUGGGCCCUCUGCCUGCUUCCACAGUCAUCUGGUUGCAGCCAUAUUUGCUUUUGCCACGGGUGGCUUCCCUGCUAGUUUGAUCCAUCUUGAAGAUACUGCCUUUGGGGGAGGAUUAUUUGUGGAAGUGGGGCAAGGUGAAGCGGACUGGCAAGGGCACCUUUUCUAUAAGAAUUGAGGCUUUGGACACCGGCUCUCCCUCAUGCCCACAUACUCCCUUGGGGCAUUGGCAGCUUUGUGGGUAGAGCACCUCUUGAAAUCUCUUGACCUCCAACUCAGCUGUGGCUGGAGGUCCCUUGGACCUUGCUGAUUAAUGAUGUGUCAAAGUUUUCCCAGGGGGUUUUGGCCAUCGGUAUGGAGGGGCUGGGGUUGUGUGACACUAGUGUGUCAAUCUCUUUUGCCCUCUGGAAGAAAUUAGCUGUGGAAAUCCUGAGACGUUGAUGAGGGAUGAUGGGUCCAUUCUUCUCCUGCCGCCUCAUACAGCGAGGGCUCAGGGUCUCGACUGACAAGGUAGGCUUAGUGGCAGCUGUUUAAAACAAAGGGCAGACUGGAGCCAUGAUAGUCCAUCCCAAGCUGGCAGUAGCCCUGCUAGCCUUGUGUCCUUCUGUAGCCCAGUUUGACCCUCUCACGCACACAUUUAUUGCCAAUCAAGAGCACAUCUCUUGCGCCUCUGGGGCAAUUCUGCCCCCGCAAGCCCCCAUGCACAAGGCUACUUGCCUGCCAGCCAUGUGAGGCCUUCCUGUGGCCAAGCUGGAGGACGCCUGAGCUCAUUUGCCAAGAAGUGGGACCCUUGUUCUGGUCAGCAGCCAUGGCCAGGCUGAGUGGGUGGGCAGAGGGGCCUUUGAUAUCUAGGAUUAGGGCAUGGACAGUCUUUAUGGGUUCUUCAAGCACAUGCCUGUGCCAUGUGGGGCUCUCUUCAGUGCCUAUCUCCGGGAGGCAGAUUGGGGCCUCUCAGCUUUCUCCUUCCUUGUCUCUUGCCUUUGACCCUGGACCCAGGGAGAGGUCUAGGGAAACUCCUCUCUCCCUCUUUUGGGGGGGCUGCUGCCACUCGCUCCCCUACUGUGGCCCAUGGCAGCCAGCCAUGGCCACUGACGGUUUGCAUUGUACUGCCCAAAAUGACAGCUGUUUUCUGCUCAGAGCAAGGACCUGAUCCAGGCCUCUGGGCCACCUCCGUUUUCUUGUACGAACUGCACAAAUAACAGCCAAGGGUUGUUGGUGCUGGUUGACUGGCUACUAUCCUGAGCUGUAAGCCCAAGAGGGCUGCUGUAUCAGUAGCCCAGGGCUAGUCCAUUGUGGAAAGGUGGAGGGUCUGCCAACUGCUGCUUUGGGGACAAAGAGGGGCUUCCUCACCUUCCCUUCUGCCUCCCCAGCCUAAAGUGGGAAGAGGUCCCGUCUCUUGUCCACCUAUUCCUGGUUCUUCAGUUGUGUUUUAAAUGGUUUUGGCUUGUUUUUUUUAAAUUGUUCUUUGUGUACAAUGUCACAGAACACUUCUCAUUUCUACAAAUUCUGCUGCCAAAUGCAAAGAAAUAAAAAAUGAUGAUGAUGAUGA